AUGAAUUUGAUGUUGACUUGCACGACAAACCAUCACUUCCUUUUCGUAAGAGGUUUGUGCUCACCAAAAGAAUGUGAUAAAGGGAAUGUGCCAAAUUCUGACGACGAUCGACCAAGCGAUGACGAUGAAGAACAUGGACAGAGUCUAACUAAAUAUUUAAAGAGGAAUAAGAGAAUGCCUUUAUCAGCUGAUACAAGUAGUGAUGUAAUUAUCACAAAAAAAUUUUUUUGUGUAUUUUUCAUAUUAUUGGUUAACUUAUGGGUAAUUCUAUUAUUUUCGUCAGGAGGAUUCUAUGCAUCUACACAAAAGGAACCAGGCCUGCCAAGUCCGGUUAAAGUAAAUACACCUUUGCAAUCAGAAGACGAGAGCAAUAGUGGUACAUUAAACCAAUCUGCUAAUGGUGAAAGCCAAAGUUAUCAAGAUGCUGGUCGUAAUCGCCCGAAAAACAGUUAUUUCAAUCAAGCACCAAUAGUCAACCAUGUUAGUCGGCGUGUUUCUGUUGAAAAACCCAGCAGCGAUGGUAACCGUUCGCACGGACAAAUUGAUUCUGCUCUUCUUGGCAGCAACUCAUUUUGGCGGGCUCCUGUUGAACAUUCUCCUGCAAUUGGGAGACGUGUACGAGAAAACUCUAUUCCCCUAGGUCAACCCGAUGGUAAACGGCAAAAUGCAGAACCCGUUGCAAGUGGAAGUCGUUAUCGAGAAGAUUCUUGGGAUCAAGUUCUACCUGGCUGCAGCACAAAUAAAUAUACUCCAGCCCCUUCUGCUAACGGAAAUCGUUCUCGUCCGAUUCAUAAAGCAUCUCAUGGCAGACGUUCUACUGAAAAUUCAACCGAUAUCGAAAGGACUGCAAGUAAAGGUCAUCAUCAUCAACCAACACCUGACGCCAAUUGUAAUCGACAAGCUCCGAGUAAACAACCUGCUGCUAGCGGGAAUAGCCACACUCCAAAAGUUAACGUCAACACAGCCUCUCCUCGUUAUCCUGGUGUUCUUGUUACUGCCAAACAACCUACUUCAAGUGUUAAUUAUGCUAAAGAAGUUAGAAGAAAGGAAGCUCCACCAGUCGGCGAACCUCUUCGACGUCCUUCUGUUUCACAACUUAUUCCUAAUGGUAAUCGACGUGCUGCAGUUGAUCCCGCCACUACUCCUGUACGACGUGUCUCCACAGGAUUAAAUAAUCAUCCCUCCUCUGGUGUAAACGAUUGUCGCCGUGAGGUACCUGCUGACGCUGUACUGCGGGCUGUUUACCAAAUGAAUGUGAACAACAUUCAACGUCAAGUUUCUCAAAUUGCUGGCCGGAUUGAUGCGUAUCGCCCUGAAGCAAGAGAAAAUUUGGAUCCUUUGAAUGAGUUGCCCCUUAGCACAUUAGAAGAUUUAGUGGCAUUCCAAAAUGCGCUCACUGUCGACGAAAGGAAGCGUGAAGCGUUGGCUCGUUUCGUGAAAAACAUUGGUGGAGCAACGGAGUCUGAGAGUGUCAAAAGAGCAUGGAAAGAAGUGGUUUCCGUUAAUGUUCGGGCGCUAUGCAACUGGUACGGGGUGAACAGAGGAACAAUACAAAAACAUAAACUGAAAAAAUCCCCAAUUGUGUUAGCUGUAUGGGAUGGGCUUCGCAGAAACACGGCUUGCUGCCACUCCACCGAUUCGGCAUUGCAAUGUGAAACAAUAAAGGCAUUUUCAAGAUCAGCUGAAGAAACCAGGAGAAACGCAGCGCGAGCAGCCGCUCUUACUGAAAGGAAAAACGCAGAAAACAUAGAAGAUAACUAGUAUCUAUUUUUACCCUGUCAUCAUAACAAUUAAUUGAUUUAUCCGUUUGAUCGCUCCAAUACAAUUAUUGGAAAAACAA